ACAGACGUCAAGAAUGGGUAUAUAGGUGCAACAUUUCCCUUCCUGAGACUUUAUUCUUUUGUUCUUAAUAAUAACUGAAAAAUGGCGGUCCUCUCUCCUGUUCUUCUUGCUGGAGCAGCUGCUCUCGUUUUCAUCGGCGUUUUGAUCGUCCGUCUGCGUUCACCUUUAGCUUCACUCCCAGGACCUCGCCUAGGUCUUCUGACACCUUGGUACCUGCGAUACUAUGAACUUCGCGGCAAAAGAACGGAGUUUGUUCAUGAGAUGCAUCAGGAGUACGGGAAUGCAGUCCGUGUGGCCCCAAAUGAGGUUGUCUUCUCGUCACUGGACGCGAUGAAGGAGAUAUACCUGUCCAAAGGCAGUGGCUUUGACAAAACAAGUUUCUACAACCUCUUCUCUCAGUUUGGACUCAGAACGAUGUUCUCAAGCUUGCAGAAAGGCCCACACAGCCAGAGACGACGGGUAAUCGCCGACCGUUACGCAAACACCAACGUCAACCGCGAAGCUUCUUUACAUGGUAUACAAGAGAGAUCCCAAAACUUUAUCGCCCGUUGCAAAGCUUCUCCAAAGCAGGAGCUUGACGUUUAUAUGUUCCUCCAUUGCUACGCGUUCGACUGUGUCACGCAUCACCUGUUCCAUCCUCAUGGUAGCGAGUCGAUUCUUCAGGCUGCAGAUGAAGAGACACUCCAUGAGGCGGUGUUUGACAACAGUCUUGUUAGACGACUCUUAAACUACUACCACCCUACUCUUGGCAGCGUUGCAGACCAGUUGGGCUUGUUCGGAAAGUCGCGCGGCAUUCCUAAAGCUACAGAACUUGUGCUCAACGGUGUGAAAAAGGGCGGUGCCGCUGAUUUUACACUGGUGAGUCGCAUGCAGGAAGAGAAGUUCGGCAUGGGUACUUUUGAUAUCGCAUCCGAAUGUAUGGAUCACAUGCUCGCCGGGAUUGAAACCACUGGUGAUGCACUGUGCUUUCUGAUGUGGCAAAUCUCCCAGGAAGGUUAUACCUUCAUCCAGGAGCGUCUUGGAGACGAGCUUAGAGCCAACCCCGAUGUCCCUGUCGAUCAACUUGAAUACCUCGAAGCAGUCGUCAAAGAAGGUCUUAGAGUCUUCCCUUCGAUCCCCAUGAGUUUACCGAGGUGCGUUCCCGAAGGCGGCGCAACUGUUGAUGGCCACUGGCUUCCUGGAGGUACUAUCGUGAGCUGUCAGCCAUACUCAAUGCAUCGAAUGGACGAAGAGGUAUUUCCCCGCCCGGACAGCUUUGAGCCGCAGAGGUGGCUGGACGAGAAAGGCUCAGCUGAGCGAAACCGACUGUUCUUUGCGUUCUCUAAUGGAGGUCGCGCAUGUAUCGGAAGACAUCUUGCUAUCAUCGAGAUGAAGACGCUUCUCCGUGACAUAUAUUCGCGAUAUAGAACGAGCCCCGCUGACGGUAUGGCUUUUGAUAUGAGUAUGGAUGAUCAGAUUUUUACAUCUCGACCGAAAGACCAGAAGUGUAUUUUGAAGUUUAUCGAGUGGGAGUGAGGUCGCGGAUUUUGAAAAUGGGAAGAUUCUUGAAGAUUGCCAUGUUCAUAGAAUCAUGUCUGGAGAGGCUUGGAGACAUGAUGCAUGUAUCGAUAUCAAGUUGAUCGAGAUUUGAGCGUUGGCGAGGAAGGAUACUCCCGAGAACGAGCAAUUAGACAAUGACGUACAGCUCAGCAUGAUGAUAAAUCUCAGUACUUCUCCCAUAAAAGAAUGAGACGACUAGCU